AUGAUCAAGGUUGUCAGCGUUUUCCUCUUCGCAUUUUGUAUGACAGACCGCUGGGGUAGUCGCCCGCUUCUUCCCAUCCGCUUCUCAAUCAACGUUAUCUGCCUUCCCUAUCCCUCUGCCUACCUUGGUGUAUCCAACCUGUACGGUGAAGGGGACCCCUCACCUACUGCGUGGGUCGCUAUUGUGGCCAUCUGUUUCUUUGUAGUCGGCUACUGA